AUGUUGAGUUCACCAGCUACCAUGCUUAUUACUACUGCAUCCCCACUCUCUGAGAUCUUCAAGGAUACAGAGAGGACACUCCUUCUUGCUUAUAAUCUUGUGUCCGCAAUCGUCAACUCUGUAAGCUCAGGUAUGAUGAUCUUUGGUCGCCAUAGAGGAAGACAAAUUGCUGAAAAAUCAAACUCUGACGUCGGCACCAUUAAUGUUCAAAGCACAAUACUUGAUCAAGCAAUGGGGAUCGUACAUUAAGUGAUAAUGAUCCUUGGAGCAAUCUUUGGAGUACUAGGACUCGCUACAAAUGUAUUUGGAAUCUUCUCAAUAUUUUAAAACCCAGCAAUCUACGGCAAUGCAAACAACUCUACUGCAAGAUUUAUACUCAAAGCCUAACACAUGAUUGUCAUAGGCCAACACAUCUUGUUUGGAAUAAUUGCAGGAGGAUCUCUAGCUUUCCUCCGCUAUCAAAUUUACACAGAUGGUCUUUCGGCAGCUGCACACAAUUUCAUUAUGCCAGCCGUUCAACUUCUUCUUGGAAUAUUGACAGUCCUUGAGCCUAGCAUGCUGACUAACAAAUACUUGACUAACCUUGCUUGA